GGGGGGCGCAGAGAUCCAGCCCCGGGAACGUUGUUGACUCAGGAGUCCCGCUGAGCUCAGUGGGGCUUGCUCACUAGUGUGUCCUGCUGCUCUCCUCGGGCUCCUGAGCAGAGGGUGCGAUGGCAGCCAGCCUGGUGAAGGUGAACGGGGCCGAGGCCUCCGUCGAGGGAUCCGGCAGGACUGUCGUGAACGUCAACAUCUGCCAGGAGUCUUCGCUGGCCUACCUGGUCAAGGCCGUGGCGGCCGCAGGACGGAAGUGGCCCCGGCAGAAGGCGCCUGCUCCCAAGACCCCAAAGCCUUCGGCCCCGGUCCCUGGCAGAGCCCCAUGUACCGGGGAGCAGAAAGUGCUGGGGGGGGUCCAGAUCCUGCUUGGAGUGAUGUGCCUGGGCCUCGGGGGGGCGAUCUUUCUCUUGAAUGACUACCUUCCAGUGAUAGGAUCAGGGGCCCCUUUCUGGAUGGGGAGUCUGUUUGUGGUGUCCGGCUCCUUUUGUGUGCUGAGCGAGAGACGCGGGGGCUGCUGCUGGGUGAGUGAGUGA